AUUAAAUAUCUUUGUAGCAUGUCCCAACAUAUCCGAUUUUGGUAAACAGGAUGCAAACUUCAUGUUGUCUUCAAACUGCUGAUACUCCGGUGGUCAUUUCUUUUCAAACCUACCUUCACUAGUUCUAGUUAUACUCACCAAUUCAAGGCAUGGCCACGUGUUUGUGUUUGCCGCAUUGGCAAAUUAGUUCCCGUGAGACUAAAUUUAACCGGAAUCGUGUCGGAUCGUAUCGUAUUCGUCAUCAUCAUCAUGGUCGAUUAUCUGUCAGUUUUCGCAAGUUUAAUAGCUUUAAGGUAGUUUGUAGCAAUUUUGAUGAUCAGCAAGGCAACAAUCAAUCAGGUAGAACUGGAAUACAGCUUUACAGGGAUAUCGAAAGGUUGCUAACGGAUACUGUGAGACAGUCUCAAGAUGGAUGGAGUGGUUCAAGAGAUUGGGAAGAAGUUGAUGGAGCCUGGGUAUUAAGACCGAAAAAUCUAAAGCCAGUGGCUGUUGUGCAUUUUGUUGGUGGCAUUUUUGUCGGGGCAGCCCCGCAGCUCACCUACCGCUUAUUUCUUGAGCGACUUUCAGAGAAGGGUGUGUUGGUGAUAGCAACUCCUUAUGCUAGUGGCUUUGAUCACUUCUUUAUUGCAGACGAAGUUCAAUUUAAAUACGACAGGUGUCUUAGGUCUCUACACGACACAGUGCAAGAUCUUCCAUCUUUUGGCAUUGGACAUUCUCUAGGAUCCGUCAUCCAUCUAUUGAUUGGUUCCAGGUAUGCUGUUCAGAGGUGUGGUAAUGUAUAUAUGUCAUUCAACAACAAGGAUGCCAGCAUGGCGGUCCCAUUAUUCUCACCUAUAUUUUUACCAAUGGCUCAAGGCCUUGGACCAAUCCUGUCACAGAUUGCAUCAUCACCAACAAUCCGUUUGGGGACGGAAAUGACUUUAAAAAAUUUAGAGAACCUUAGCCCUCCUAUUAUGAAACAAGUUAUGCCCCUGUUGGAGCAACUUGUUCCUUUGUACACAGACUUGGCUAAUGGCAGAGAAAAUUUUUCACCAAAACCAGAAGAAACUCGAAGACUAAUAAAAUCAUACUAUGGAAUCUCGAGGAAUCUCCUAAUAAAAUUCAAAGAUGACACGAUCGAUGAAACCCCUGUUCUAGCUCAGGUGCUUAGCUCAGAGGCUGCCAUUAGUUCAGUGCUCGAUAUGUCUAUUCGCUCUCUGCCUGGGGAUCAUGUCCUUCCUUUACAGCAGGCUUUACCAGAUGUACCGCCAGGAAUGGUGGAUGCGGUAAACCGUAGUGGAGAGUUUUGGGCAAAUUUGACAGCAGGGACACCUUUAGAAACAGUCGCUAAAGACGUAAGCAGUUCGCUAGGAGUUGACUCUACAGCUCUUCGUGCAAAUAUUUCAAAGGAAUUCGACCUGCUUGUAGAUACAAUAGCUGAUUGGAUGGUUAAGAAUGCUGGUACAAGACUUUUGAAACCAUAGAAAGUAGAAACACAUCAAUGAUCUUAAGUUUAUACACAAAUAUGUUUCCCUUUUCUAUAUUUUUUAUUAAUCAUAGGACUUGUCAUAAACAUGUAAAACAUUAUUAAACAUGUCAUCCGAGUAAAUUGCACAAAACAUCCUUUAUGUUUUCUCAAA